AUGGCCACACUAGGUCUUUUAAAGAGAAUAACUAAUGAAGUCUCCCUCACCAUACCGUCUAAUUCGUCAUUAGGGUACAUGAACAGUCUAGCUAGUGCUGGUGCUAUUAGAAAAGUGAGUGGUAUCAUUACUAAACGCGCUACCGCCAUUUCCCGCCGAGGCUGUAUCAUUCAAAUCGCACAAUUGCCCACAACAAUCGCUCUUAUCCUCUGUAUCGUCGGCAGCAUAGACGAGGCCUCAUCUAACCUGUCAAGCCGCAGCGACGGUCCUAAAUACUUUAAGAUCGGCAUUGCGAUAUUUAUUGUUGUCUACUUGCUUCUGGUGUUCUUGACCCUCAUUACUGCUCGGGAUGUGCAUAGAGCACCAACUAGGGAGCGCCGUGUCUACAUUACUGUUGCUGUUGCGCUCCCUUUUAUUGUAGCGAGGCUACUUUAG